CUCAUUCAGCCCUGUCUCCUUGAUACCGAAGCUGUUACCUGUUUUUGGAUGAGGUCUGACAUUUAAUGUUUCCUGUUUUCGGGUAGAAACGAGGAGAAUAACCCGAAAUGAACUCUAUACGCGCAGUGAAAGGAGAACAAAUAGACGCGCGUGCUGCCUUCAUCUUCCAGCAGUAGAGGGAGGACAUUUAAGCAGACUAUAUAUUUAGUGGGGGUUUUUUUAUUCUUCUUGCUCGCUAGUGAUUGCUGAUUAAGAUGGCAGGAAGCCCUGACCAUGAACAAGAUGAAGGGGGCCUCGGGGAUAAAAUGGUUUGUUUCCACAGCUACUUGCAUGGAGGGACCUCCAGCUUGAUAUCCACCUUAAUUAUCUUCCCUGUCUACAAAACUGUCUUCCGUCAACAAAUCCACAACACAUCGGUUCACCGGGCAGUGGGACAGCUCCUCAAAGAGGGACCUGCAAAGCUCUACAGGGGCGUGGCCCCGCCAUUACUCAUGAGAACCCUGAAUGGCACGCUGCUCUUUGGCCUCCAGGACACCCUCCUCCACCAGCUCUCCCUGUCAUCACAACAAGUCAUCCUCUCCUCUGCCCUGCCUGCUCUGGCUGGUUUUGGUGCAGGUUUGGUAGAAGCUGUGGUUUUUACCCCCUUUGAGCGCGUCCAGAAUGUGUUGCAAAACGGACAAAAUGACCGCCGUGUACCGACACUGAAGAGUGUUCUUGUCAGGCUGAAGGCACAGAGACCGGCCUUGGGGUACUACAGAGCCUUGCUGCCCAUCACAGCCCGCAACACUCUAGGCAGCUCCCUCUACUUUGGCCUGAAGGGGCCGGUGUGUGCUGCCGUGGAGGCACAGGGGCUUUCUCCAGGGGUUUCCUCCUUCAUCUCGGGGACACUGACCUCCAUGGUCAUCAGCUUGACUCUUUACCCACUUUCUGUGCUGGUGGCAAACAUGCAGGCGCAGAUGGGAGGGGAGGUGAAAGGAGUCAUGGCUUGUUGGAGGAUGCUGUGGGAAUCUCGGCAGCGGAGUGUUGCUCUGCUGUACAGAGGAGGCUCACUGGUUAUUUUGAGAUCAUGCAUUACAUGGGGAAUCGCCACUGCUAUCUACGACACGCACCAGAAACGUUCAAACUGAUGAAAUGCCAAUAAACAAUAGCUUUUU